UCUUAGCUAAGUCUGAGUACACACAGCCCCAGUGAUGAUAGGACCUAUAGGAUUCUCUAAAAUCACAUGCACUAAGUCAUGUGACCACACAACUGCUUCCUAUUUUAUUUAUUUCUUGAGGGGGAAGAGCUUCUCCUGUUGCCUAUAAAUGAGUGGCUGAAGACAACAAUUCAGUACGAAGCAUAAGACAUAGUGGCUUCUUCUCCCUAAACCUGAAACUAUCAGGCUGGAGUUCUUCCUAUCAGGCUGGAGUUCAUCAAGGAUCUAAACCUGAAACUGGAGCCGACAAGCACACAGAGGAAGAAGAACACCAAGACUGGUUCCCAACCUAUCCAAGGUAGAAGCGAGCAACGUUAGUGUGGUAGUAACAUGGUGACUGUGAGAGAGGAGAUGCGUAAAGGGCCAUGGACAGAGCAGGAGGACAUGCAACUGGUAUGCACUGUCCGCCUCUUUGGUGACCGUCGUUGGGACUUCAUUGCCCAAGUCUCAGGCCUCAACAGGACAGGAAAGAGCUGCCGCCUGCGGUGGGUGAACUACCUUCAUCCUGGCCUCAAGCAUGGCCGCAUGUCACCACAAGAAGAACGCCUUAUUAUUGAGCUCCAUGCUCGGUGGGGGAACAGGUGGUCUAGGAUAGCACGGAGGCUGCCAGGGCGUACAGACAACGAGAUCAAGAACUACUGGAGAACACACAUGAGAAAGAAAGCACAGGAGAGGAAGAUGAGCAUGUCAUCACCUUCAUCCUCAUGCUCCUCACUGACAUACCAAGCCUGCCAUCUUGACACUGUUCCAGUCAUUGGGAUGAGCAGUGGUGACACUCACAAUGGUGGCUGCGUCACCAGCGCCCUCGAGAACACACAGAGUGUCAUGGAUGGAUAUCCCAUGGACCAGAUAUGGAAGGAGAUUGAGGCACCUCAGGCACCUGCCUUGCUGGGUAUUGCUGAAGGGAAAGAGAAGACAUGCAGCAGUAUCCCCUGUCAUCUACCAUCAUCUGCUAUGUGGGACUACAAAUAUCCUGAGGUAUUCUGGAAGAUGGAAGAUCAAGAAAUCAUGAUGUGAUAGAAGAUGAAGAAACCUUGAUGUUGGCUUAUUUGGUUAUGGUAAAUAAGGCCCUCACUAUUGAAAGCUGAAGGAAUACAUCUAUAUUGGUCAGGCCACUCGGCUAUCUGCCUAGCAGAUUUGCAGUACUUGUACUUCCUAGCUAUGCUUGCAUUAGUAUGGGUUUCAGUAUUUUAAAAUAUACAGUGAUACUGGAGGUAUGCUUAUGAUGUAUGUAUCUAUUAGUGUGCAAAAUAGUUUGUAUCAGUUUGUGGAAUAGUGUGCAAUACAAGGACGCUCUAUAUGCAUCAUGUACUUAUUUAUCUCU